AUGCUGGCCACCGCGGCCCUGCCGGCCAUGCUCCUGACCGACGCCGUCGACAACAUGCGCCAGAUCGCCAAGGCGGGCGAGGAGAUCAUUGAGCGCGAGCGCAAGCAGAACAUCCUCUUCUGGCUCAACAUGGUCCUCAUGAUGAUCCCCGCGGCCGGACAGGUGGCCAGCAGCCUGGGCCGCGUCGCCAUCGCCGUCGCCCUCCGCGUCGUGGGCGAGGCCGCCACCGCCGCCCUGACGCUGUACGAGCUCGUCGACGAUCCAAAGAACGCCCUGAUGACCAUGUUGGGCUUCUUCCUCGGCGGCGGCGUCUCGCGCCAGCCCUUCCGCGAAGCCGCCGCCAUCCGCCGCGGCAUGCCCAAGUCGCAGUUCGAAAAGCUGCCGCCCAGGAUCAGGACGGACCUGGGGCGCAUCCAAACCGUUAGGAACGUGUGCCGCGCGCGUUCGUAG